ACAGUUUCAACAAUCAAAAUAUUGAUAAGUAACUACAGGAUUUUAUAAUUAGUCCGCAUCUGAUUAUGUUAUCUUGUUAUUUAUAAGGACAUAUUUUUGCACCUAAGUACCCAAAUUAUCUGAUUGUAAAACGGAUAUCGAGCCAUCCUUAGCACCACACGUUUUUGAGUUGUCAUCAGGCGAACUACUAAACUUACUAAUUACAUGAGAUGGUUACUACAGUCAUCCUGUGUUUCAUUUCCUUUAUCUUGUUUACAUAAUAUGUGUGCAAAUAAAAAAAAUCUCAUCGAGUGAUUUAAUUAUUCCAGAGCCACGUGUAAUAUGAUUUCAUAUAAAGAGAUAGUAUUGCUGUUACUGCUUUUGGGAUGCUCUUCCGUGGUUCAAUCUCGAUCUUGCCCCACAGUUUAUUCCGACGUAAAUAGUGGCGGCAACAAGAUUAAAGUUGUUUGGAAUGCACGUGACCACUCAAAUAUAUCUAUUGCUAUCUCUGAACCGCCAUGCUUGGACCUAGAUAAACACUUAGUAGUUCGUAUUUGCUCUAAUGGAACUUGGCUGCCGUCAAAGGAGUGCCAUUAUGUAGACUUCAACAAUGUUUGCCCACCCGACUUUAAGGAGGAGAAAGGAAAAUGUACUUAUGUGACCCAACCACAGAUGUGGGAUGACAAGUGCCCAUAUCCAGAUGCAUCAACCGAGGUGAACAACCAUAAAAAUAUUUGGUUACCGUUUCAGCAGAAAAUCAAGCAUGGUGCUUACGAAUACAUAUUGCCCGAUGAGAACUACGGCCUGCCCUACUCAGAGACCACUUUGUGGGAGCACUCAAGCGAAAUUUUCUAUGGAAAUUCGGAAUGUGUGGCCAAGACAUCAUCGAAAAUUGAAAAUGUUUCCUGCAACACUUCAUUCUCCCGCGUUUGUUUGUACAAUCAUAACAGCUUUUUGUAUAGGUGUCCUAAUAACUGCGUUCCUGGGGGAUUGGGAAGCAAUUAUUGUUUCUGUAAAUCACCGAAGAACACUUCGUGUACAUUGGCAAGUCUGCGAUACACGUACGAAAAGGACCUUUUAUACGAUUUGGUGGGAAAUGACGUUUGUUUACUCGGGCCUGGAAAAAUGCUUGACAAUCAUUAUUUAGCUAUUAACAAACAUUCCCUACAUCUGAAGCAAGCCAACGAUGGCAACUGCGUAGUUUGCAAAACCGAGCCGAUAGCAUUUCAUGAUCACGUCGUGCUAGACUUGACGUUCAAAGCAAGUUCCCAAAAAUUAUAUUUAAAUAUAUAUUCACCUGAAGGAUUAUAUAAAGUCAAUGACAACGUACAAGUAUUUUGUUUCACUGACGCCACCAAUAAAUUGAAGUAUCGAGUGAACACGAAAGAGAAAUUUGAUUCGCGUUUCAAGUCUCCAAGCCAUCGCAGAUACAAAGUGUUUAAGGUGUCACUAGUCGAAGAUGGGCCAGGAUAUUACUGGUGUGAAGCAUUUUUACUUCCAACAAUGGAAGUUAUCACCUCCAAUAAAGUUUUGGCGCACAAAGGAUUUAAAUACCGAGAAUAUUCUUUGAGACUGAAAAUUAAAGAUCUCUGUGCGUUUUCUCGCGUUGAUUGUAAAAUUCCCACCGAAGAUUUUAUAGGAGGCGUAUGUAAGUCACUGUUUACCUCUGAAGCGUUCAACACAGUCAGCAAUGUCAGACUGUUUCGAAUUUACGACAUUGAUACCGUAACGGACACAGUUGAUGUUCUUGUUCAUCUUUCAGUGAAAUCCAAGCUUUCUAAUAAGGAGGAGUACGAAAUAUUAAAACACACAUUAAAUUCCCUUGCUGAAUCAAAUGUAAUCAUUGUAUUUUUUAAAAGCAGUACAGAAUGUUUCGCGGAAGUGACAAAUAGUGGCUCAAUUUUACAUUGGGAUUCUACGUUAAUCAAUACAAAAGCGGUUCCCAAAGAAAUUUGUGUGCGAGAUGACGGUACGCCUAUUACUCGGCGAUGUUUUGGAGAUUUUCACGUAGGCGCUCACUGGGAAGACAUCACGGAAUCGUGCUCGAAAAGCUACAAAGUCUCUAGCAAGACGAAGUUGUUGAGUUCAUUAGCUCAUGGAAACGCAUCCACGGACAGGCCUGUCAGCCUAGCCUACAUUACUGCAAAUACUUCAGACUUCACAGAAUUAGACAUGCACUACUUAUCAAAAACUUUAAUGCACAUGACCGGUUCCAGACCUCCAACAGAAGACCUCGUUGCGGAUGUUUCUCAAAUUAUAAACAAUUUGAUGCAGAGUAACUCUACAACACUGAGAUCUUCUCAGAGGAUGUUAAACGCAACAGAUGAGCUCCUGGAUACGUUCGAAAGCGCGUUAAACUCGGUCCACUUUACGAGCAGCUCGAUUCUUCUAGUUAACAGCGAUAUAAUUGUUCACGUUACCAAACCGUUUUUGAAUAACGUUUCCGGAAUAAGUGUUCGCGGGUUAUUUAAAGAUACGAAAUUUUUAAAUUCUACAGUCACCGAGCUCUACUCAAAUGCGACGUUUGACGAUUUGGUCAGCCAUAAUGAUUUGGAAAUCGCCGUGUACGUUCCUGAAGCGCUGCUUAAAAUUAUGGCCAACAACGAACCCCGCAGUAACCUGGCAAAUAUAACGAUUGUAACAACAAUUUUUUAUUCGGACAAGUUUUUCAAUUCAGAACGAGACAGAAGUGAUAGGGUCGGAAGUAGAAUCGUGAGCGUCACCAUCUCCAAUCGAGAAGAUUACUUAGAAAUACCAAUUCCGAUCAUCUUUAAAUCCAGAAAUAAUAACAAGCAAAAGAGGUGCGCGUUUUGGAAUUACGGUUUACGAUCUUCUAAUGGCACUGGUCACUGGGACACUUUGGGUGGAGACAAAAUGCAUGACUCGAGGAGAGAAUUUGACACGUGCUUUUUUUCACAUUUAACCAAUUUCGCCUUGUUGAUUAGGUGGCGGCAUAGGAUAGGCGAUACUAACUCAGAUUUCACUAAAACUAUGUCUAACAUAGGAAAAUUACACGAUGAUAUCUUAUCGACCAUUUCAAACAUCGGCUGUGCCUUUUCCAUAUUUGGAAUUGCUGGUAUUUUUCUAACUGCGUUCCUGUUCAAAACCUGGAGAGAGAAGGUAGGGACGAAAAUAUUGAUGCACUUGUGUGUCGCGUUGUUUCUGCAAGUGGUUUUCCUGAAUUUGGCUGCGGACGAAUUCGCUAAACAUUCUUCGGAUGUAUUUUGUAAGGUUAUCGGUAUAAUACUACAUUACGUAACGAUUGCCGAAUUUGCUUGGAUGUUAGUGGCGGCUAUAUUACAAUUUUAUAGGUUUGUGAAAGUCGUAGGCCCGAUGCCAAAUCGAAUCAUACUCAAAGCUUGUGUAAUUGGAUGGGGUUUCCCUUUAAUUCCCAUCGCUGCAACCUGCAGCAUUGACAUUGACAGUUAUUCUGCAUCUAACGACGGUAUUUGUUAUCCUACAGGGUUGGCGAUGUACAUUGGUGUGUUUCUCCCAAUUGCUUUCAUCGUGAUUUCAAAUUUGGUUUUAUUCUCAUUGAUCUUACGAAACAUAUUUCAUUUAAAGGUCGAAUCUAAUAAAGGAACUACCAUCUUGAAGCGACAAGUUUGUUUAACCGUUUUGCUUUUCUUUUUGUUAGGGAUGCCUUGGGUUUUUGGAGUAGUUGCGGAAAUCAUACAGGGUUCAUGGUUGUCAUAUAUACUUCUAUACAUUUUUUGCUUCACCGCAACCCUACAGGGAUUCGUACUAUUUAUCUUUUACGUUAUCCUUGAUAAAUCAACGCGUAUUUUGUGGAUAGACUGGAUUGCGAAGAUAAGAGAUAAAUAUAAGUGACAAUUUUAAUUUACCGCCAUAUCGAGGAUAAUAAUCCUACUUGACCACCAUGGUACUAAAUCCGGAAACUGCAUUUAUGAUUUACUAUUUAGUUGUCCAAACUUGUUUUAUAAGAGGUACCUAAUUGCAUAUAAUACCUUUGCCAUGACAAAUUGUGGAAAAUAAAUUCGAUUUCACUAAUACGAAUUGAGUCUUAUACAACCAAAAAAUUAAUAAAGUUCUACUACACCAAAGUCUCAUGCUAAUCUCAUUAAUCAAACAUUCACCUCACUACGGACUUAAUCCAUCACCAUCAAAAUGACUGUCACAUGUAUCCCAAUAAUCCUCUGGUUCACUUGUUAGUUAAUAAUAUCUGAUACCAUAAGUGUAUAAUUAAGAACAUUCAUUUACCUUACUUUUAUUUUACUUAUUUAUAGGCGCACCUAUAGCUUUAAGUUUAUUUAUUUUAAUAUUAGUUAAACAAUGAGACUGUCGUUCUUUGUAUGCCCAUGAGCUGUAUUUGUAAUUUAAAUAUAUUUUAUACCAAUUGAA